AUGAUGGCCACACUCGAUAAGCCAUCCACCCCUGGCACUCGCACCAGCGAUGGGGGUGGUGCGCCCCCGCCCGGUUUGAUGUAUGGGGCGGUCUAUGGCGCAUUUGGGGCCAUGCAGCCCUUUCUCGCUGUUCAGCUGGAGAAGGAGCGCGGCCUCACCGCAUCGCACCUGGGCCGGCUGGCGUCGGCCUGCGCUCUGGCCUCGUUCGUGUCGUCGGCCGUGGCGUCGGUCACCGCCGACCGCACGCGUCGCCAUCGGGACCUCCUACGUGGCGCGUGCCUCCUGGCCGCCUCCCUGGCGCCCCUCCUCCCCCUCCUCCCCGCGUCUCCCCUCCCCCUCUGCUUCCUCGUCCUUCUCCUUGUCGACGAUGCGGUGAUGGAGGAUCUCGGAGCGGCCAACAAGAAGCACGAGUACGGCAGGCACCGCAUGUGGGGCUCCAUCGGAUUCGGAGUGGCUUCGGGACUGAUGGGGUGGUGGCUCACGUUCCACGAGUGGGUGUGGUCGCUGUGGGUGUUCGCCGCGGCGAUGGUGGGCCUGGCCUCCAUCUUCCACUACUCCAACAUGCGCUUCCCCACCGGCCGGCCGCAGGUCCAGUACGCCCAGAUCCUCACCCUCCUCACCUCCUUCCGCUUCCAGUGCUUCUUGGCGGCGAUCUUCGUGUUCGGGCUGAGCCACAGCGUGGCGAGCGGCUUCCUGUUUCUGUUCCUGAGGGACCUGGGGGCCACUGAGUCGCUGAUGGGUGUGGCGACCAUCGCGCAGACCCUGGCCGAGAUCCCGGUCAUGUUCUGGAGCGGCCACAUGCUGAGCCGCUACGGAUCGCGCGCGGUGAUUGUCGCCUCGAUGGUACUCUACGGCCUCCGCAUGCUCGGCACCACCUUCCUCUCCCCCGACAACACCACCGCCCUCGUCCUCCCGCUGCAGCUCCUGGGUGGCCUCGCCUUUGGAUUGGCGUGGCCGGCGGGGCUCAAUCAUGUGAACGCGCUGGCGGCGUCGAUCGCGUCGCCGUCGCUGGGCGCCACGGCGCAGGUGGUGGGCUCGGGCGUGUUCGGCAGCCUGAGCGGCUUCGUGGGCGGUCUGGUGGGCGGCUGGGCCUACCAGGCGCUCGGGCCUCGCCAGCUCUUCCACGGCCUGGGCGUCCUCCUCAUCUCCACCGCCAUCUGCUUCUUCCUCAUCGAACGCGCCAUCACCCCUUCACGCAAUGAAAGCGACACCAGAGCCAAAUAA